AUCUGCGAUGGUGACAAAACUAUGUCUAUGGAUACUAACAGCUACAUGCAUUACUAUAGCUACUAACGUAGAUGGUGAGGCGUCUGGGGAUUUGCGAAUUGCCCAAAACAACCUAAAUAAGGUCAUGACGUCAUUGUCGUCUGCUCUGUCCUAUUUGGAAGGCAUGCAUAAAGAAAUAAACCUCGAUGCAGUCAUUGGAACUAGGAUUGCUGAUGGUUCGUUGACUGUACUUUUACGACAACUUUUGUCAGAUGAUGGACCUCGCGUGUCGGAUGAACUUUUUGCUAAAUUGGUUAGUCUACAACAGCAGGCAGCUCGUGUGAGUGAUCUAGCCACGCCCUUUAUUGCGAAAAACGAACCUGAAUAUUAUGCAAAAAUUGGUGUGAUACUAGACCAAGGAUUCUGGGAGAUGGACUACACGAGCAGAGACUUAGAUGAGAACCUUGUUCUACCUAGACUUGUUGCUGGGGAAGUUAUGCGAGAAAAUGACUCCGAUAAUUGCCUCGCAGAAUUAUUUGCAACAGGUGGUAUGUCUGAUAUACCGUGCCAGAUCUCGGAGCGGUGUUGGUUGUUGAUGACUGCACCGGGAUAUAACCAGUAUUCCCUCUCUCAUCAGGUUUUCUAUCUUCAAAUUGGCAAACAGUUUGGGUGUGCCAAGGAAAUGCAUCAUAUGCGCAAAAUUAACAGACAGCAUUCCCUGGACAAUCUUGUUCAGGGGUUUUGCGCAAACAUGCUCAAAGAAGCAAACCAAAUUGCUGGCUCAAACUACCCUCCUACUUGGAGAGACUUAUUCAUGGAACAAGCUGGGUUGUGCGGCAUGAUGGGCUAUAGGCAGUUCGUCAAUCUGGAUUGGCUCAGCAAUAUUCUCACAUGGCAAUAUCCAAACGGUUGUUUUGGUCAAAUUCUUCCUGAGGAAUUGGAUUUCGAAAGAACACAUGCUCCCCAUAGGUCCAAACGUGAGGAAAAAGUUUUGGAGGGAGGGUGUCUAUCACACAGGACAGCUGUUGCAGUAUGUGCAAUGCCACAGUACAUCAGAUAUAUUCUAGAAUUCAUGGACACUAAAUCUGAAGUAAUUGAAGAGAUAGAUACUAUCAAUGUUUUGUCACCCAAGUCUCUCGAUCAGUUCUGAAAACUGCAAUGACGUUGUAGCAUUCUUAUAUUUAUUGAUACUAUAGAAUUCUAUCAGUUUUAAAAUGUUAGAUCGUUAACGUUAAAAUGAAAUAAAAGCAUAAGAAAAAGCAAAAAUAAGUUAAUAUAAUUGUUUUCAUGAAUUCAUAACAAGUAACUUGAACAUAUUAUGAAAGAUGUCAGGGUAAUACCUUUGGCUAUUUUCACUCAUUCACAAGACAUACUAAGUUUAUAGUUAUUUAAUUAUGAAAAUCAUUUCGAUAUGGGUCGGUUUUUGAAGUACAUCUGUGUUUUGUUUGACCGCGGAGCGCGUGAAUUGCGUUUAAUUUAGACUAUUUGCGUUUUAUCUUGGCAGUUGGUUUUUCUGCUGGUUGUUCC